AUGCAUUUCCCACUUUUGCAUGCUUUAUCUACAAAACAAGAGCCUCCAGCAGGACGAUCAUCAGUGAGUUGGCAUUUGAACGUAUCAGAACCAGUAAUACGACAAAUUAAAGUUAUACAAUCAGGGUCAAAAUUGGCGCCUACGCAAGGCUCUCCUUGGUUAAUAAGGCACAAUUUAUUAUCGCCACAUACUUCUCCAUCAGAACAAUCAGCAUCAUCAUUACAAGCAUCAUCUGAUAAAUGUAAUAGAUUAAGACACAUACUCGGUCUUCUUUUGAAGAGUCCAUUUCCACCGUUGAUGCUUAUUGCACCAACAAAGACGCUGGAGAAGAUUGUUGCAAAGAGCACAAUUAAAAGAGUUAGUUUCAUUGUUGAAAAUUUGAAGUGUGCAAUUAAUAUUAAUGACAAAUGA